UUAAAAUUGUUAUGUUAUUUGUUGACAUAUUUAUUCAUGUGAGUGAUAAAUUUAGCGGCCAUCUCGACAAUGCGGUGCGGCGAAACGCAGAAGAGCAGUAAAGUACGGAUAACUGCACGUCUUGCCUCUUACCUUUCCAUCACGUCAAGACGCCGCCGCGCAUCGACCCCGAUGGUAGUUACGUCACAGAUUAAUAGUAAUCUGUGGUCACGUUAUGUGCGCUCACGUCUUUUGUGUGCGUACACUGUUCGGGCGCCAGAACUAGGAGCUUAGUGUUGAACAUUCCCCAAAACAACACUGUGUGACAAGAGGUUACACGUACAUUACAACGUAUCAGAUCGCACGUUUAUAUAGAGGAAAAGCCUGCCAGAAACGCACAAUUAAAUCGUGGUACUUUGUCCCUGGAGGGACGGAAAUCCAUUGGGCCCUAAAGAAGAACGUACAGUUUCAGUAUUUUCGAUGUUGACGGCGAUGGCGACGUAAUGACGAAUUUCGUGUAUCUUCGCUAGAAAUUGUUAAUCGUUUUCUCGAGCCCAUGAGACAAGAGCUUCACCUGCUGGAAACGUGAGUCUUUGUGUUCUUUGUUUCUUUUUUUCUGGUCUGAAAACGCAACAGCGAGAUUUGCUAACAUCAGCAAUCGACGUUGUUUAUUAAAUGUACAUUAUCUAACGUUGUAAUGUCUUCAGGAUAAAACCAUGUAAUGAUAAAUUAGGCCAGUUCUUUUUAGCUGAAUUUCUUAUACGGUUUGUUUCUUCUUAAUUAUUAAAAAGAAAGAGAAAAGCUUAAAACAACAGGCCUAUUAAGUUUUUAGUACAAUUUGUAUUUAAAUACAUUUAAAUGAAAAUAGCUCUAAAACCCAAUGUAAGAUAAUAUCACAUAAAAUAAAAUGUAAAAUAUAAUUGUUUUUCUUGUUUUACUAUAUGUAUGAAUUGAUUGCAAAAAGUACCUGAAACAUGAAUAUUAGUUUUUACACAUAGUCAAGCCUCUCAUAAAUUUAUAUUUUACAAUAUAACUUUAUAAUAUAAUGAAAUAAAGUUAUUAUAAUCCAGUGAAUGUUGUUUCCUAGAAAUUGAAUGUUGUUAAUAUGCUUAAUUGUAUUUAACUUAUUUUUUUAUUAAUAGAUAAAGAAGAUAAGAUCAUUAUAUCUACCAACAAAGAGUUCAAAAUUGCACUGGAGAGCAUAGUUAAGAAAUAUAUUAAUGUAUAUUUUCCUGAACUGUACAUUUUCCUGAAAUUAAAGCAAGACACGAUAGACAUGUCAAAUAUAGAAAAAAAUAUUGCAUCCUGUUGUGAUAUGUUGUGUAUGCAACAAGUAUAUACAUGGUUUUUGCUUCAAGUGCGUGGAAUGUCUGGAUUACAACUUGUGCACUAAUUGCAUGAAUCUUGGCAAUCAUUCAGAGCAUUGCAUGGUCCGCAUGACACAACCUAUUGAGUCGGGCUACCAUGGUCGCUGGUUUGCUCAUGACUUGCGCAAAUUUAUGAAAAAGACAGUGCAGCACUGCAAAGAGGAUGAGCAUAGAUACACACCGCAUAAGCACAAACAAACUAGCUAUUCAAUGUGCAGCACAGUUGGUAAGUUUGGCCCUUUUGAUCUAUCUGUCAUAAACAUACUAGAGAAUUUUAUUAUAGAUACUUGUACUGUUUUGUCAGGCAAAAACUAUAAGGUUUGUCACAAGCAGAAGUGGCCUAAGGAACCAUCUGCCGAAGCAAUCAGGCACUCUUUCUUGCAGUUGUUAAAAAUUGUUAAAGAUAACAUCUUGGACAUCUUACAGUUCCUGAAUCUAUUCGGUAUCAACGUUACCAUGAUGACCGACAAUGAUUUCACUAAGAAACCCACAGACAAUGCACAGAUGAAGGCUAGCAUGCAAAAGCCUGAGCUCUGCGCAUUUACGUUUUCAAAGGACUCCACUAAGAAAUUUCCAAGUGAGACAAAGAAGCUGCGCGAUGAACCUGUAAAUACUGCAGGUGCUCCUUUAACAGAUAACGCAUCAUUACAAAAGGAAUCAGCAACAGCAACUUUUCCUGAGCAAGCAGUCGAAGCUGAGGAAUGGUCGAUGAUACAAUGCGAAAGUUCCAAUAUUAGCCAUGCUUCGUCUUCAUUGAAUGCAAAUGGAACUAUGCCUAAGGAGAUGUGCCCCGCAUAUGUGUAAAUUGAAAACUAGAUGAUUAGAAUAUGCAGAAUCAGUAAAAUAACGGUUUAAUGAUCUAAAUUUGAAAUAUAUUUAAUCUUAAAUUUUACUUUUUAGAUAUAAUAUAGCAUAAUAUUAAAACAUUAGGAUAUAAUUAAGAAUUUAUAUUUAUAAUAUUUUAACAUUUCACAAUCUUGCAAAGGAUUCAGAAUUUGAAGAGCUGGUAGAAUUUAUUACUUGCUUUAUUAAAUAUUGCUUCUAAUUCUGGCAGAAUUACUUUUGCGAUUUAUUAUAAGUGUACGCUGACGCUAUCAGUGUCAAAAGAUAUUGCGUGACCAAAAAUUACUAAUUGAUAUCUUUCUUUUUGAUCAUGUGAUGUGACCAAAUAUUUGAUAAAAAUAUCAAUUUAUUUGACGCCUUUUGACGUUGAAAGUGACCGUUACCAUAAAAAGGCAUUCUAAUUGGUACUAUUAUGAUACUAUGGUUACAGUAAUGGUAGUAUUAAUCACCACUUCAUAAAUCUGAACCCUCUCUAUGCGUGUGUAUCAUGUAUUCAGAAUACUUUAUCUUACAGGCGACACUAUCUGCGCCGACAGCGCCAGAAAAAGAACCGUUAAAUCGGAAAAUGGACCCAUCCUUACCUGAAGAAGUAAGGCAAGAGUUCUAUCAUCUAAAUCCUAAGAUUCAACAGAUCGUACAAGAAAUGAUGGCGAUUGAGUUCUCCAACGAGGAUUCAUGGCUCACUCGUCUGUACAAAAUGGUGACAUCUACAAAGCAUUAGAUGUAAUUUAUGCAGUACGCUGUCAUUAGAAGGAAUAGGGCCAAAACUAUAUAUAGUUAAUAGUAGUUUAUGUAAUAAACGAUAAAAUAACAAAUAUAUUGUGUCGAUAGUUUGUAAUUACUAUUGAUUAUAUAACAUCUUUUCUGUAUUGUUGGUUUUAUUUUACACGUAUUAUGGUUCUUUUUAGGAACUUGAACAAUGCAUAAUUUUAAAUUUAUACUUUUAACAGAUCAUAUAUAUCUCAAUAUACUACUUUGUAUUGCUAAAUUUUAUGUUGUGGACGUAUAUUGACAUUAUUUUACAAAAAAUAUUACAAUAUGGUUUGUGUAACAUAU